AUGUCCAACGUCGCGUCCGAACGCUUCUUCGCGGAUCGUGCUUCUCCGCUGUGCAGCCUGCAGGUCGCAAAAUCGUUCGCGCAGUUGACUCCGAAAGAGAAGAAGUAUGCGCACUAUGUUGGAGAAGCGUCCUGGGCCGGCGCACGCAUCAUUCAAGGCCAAUGGACCCCGCAGGCCCAGAAGUUGUACGACCUAUUGAUUUUGAUAUUCAGCAAUGAUGGGAAGUUGGGAGACCUUGAUCGAUUGAAGAAGCAGUCAGGCUCGACGGACGAGGAGUGGGAGGACUUGAUGCAGUAUACAAGCCAAGUCUUGAGCAACCUCGUGAACUACAAGUCUUUUGGCUUCACCAAAUUCAUUCCACGUAUUUCAGAGGCCAGUUUCGCUGCCGUUGUCGAGAAAUCUACCAACGCUACCGAGGCAUUGAAGCUCUGGAAAGAGCUCAAGGAGCACAUCUAUCAGUUGGUACCUGAGUCGAGCAAUUUCAUCGGCAAGCGUCGCCUCGGCCACAUAUCGAACUAUUAUCUUGGAAACCCCAUCCUCGACGCUGAGGUUGCUGCUGUACAAGCGGGCGCUGAGAAGAUCGGUGUCGAUGUCCUAAAUACACGCGUGAGGAAAGAUGGCCCAGACAGUUUCGCCCUGCUUGUCGCAUCAGCGAAGCCACAGCCCCCUGCGAUCCAUGAGAUUGAAAUCCUCAAUCAAGGUGAUAAGCUCACGGUUGAGUAUGGUGACUUUGCAGAGCCUUUACAAAAAGCGGUGGAUGCACUCAGAGAGGCCAAGAAAUAUGUCGCAAACGACCGUCAAGCUGCCAUGGUCGACUAUUAUAUUGAAUCCUUUGAGACAGGCUCGAUUGACGCUCACAAGAAGGGCUCUACCGAAUGGGUCAAGGACAUCGGUCCCGUGGUUGAGAGCUAUAUCGGUUUCAUUGAAACCUAUGUCGAUCCCUACGGCGGUCGUGCUGAAUGGGAAGGUUUCACGGCCAUCGUCAACAAAACUUUGAGUGCAAAAUACGACAAGCUCGUCGCGAGCGCGCCGGUCCUGCUCGAAGUGCUGCCGUGGGGCAAAGAUUUCGAGGUGGAUCAGUUCCGGAAGCCGGAUUUCACUGCACUGGAGAUUGUUACAUUUGCGACAGGAGGCAUUCCUGCUGGUAUCAAUAUCCCCAAUUACUACGAAAUUCGGGAGUCAGUCGGGUUCAAGAACGUGUCGCUCGCCAAUAUCCUCGCGGCCAAAGCUCCGAACGAAGAGCUUACCUUCAUCCAUCCGGAUGACGUCGACCUCUACAAUGCGUGGGAUUCACGUGCAUUCGAGCUGCAAGUUGCCAAUCAUGAGUUGCUUGGCCACGGCUCCGGCAAGCUCUUCCAGGAGAACGCCGACGGCACGAAGAACUUCGAUCCGACGAAGGUCAUCAACCCUCUGACCGGAAAGCCAAUCACGUCUUGGUACAAGCCCGGCCAAACACCUGGUUCGGUUCUCGGAGAAGUCUCCUCUUCGAUGGAAGAGUGUCGGGCCGAAACUGUCGCUCUAUAUCUCGUCAGCAACGCGGAUAUCCUGAAGAUCUUUAGCUACGUCGAUCAAAAGGAUGUCGAAGAUGUCCAAUACAUCACUUUCCUCCUGAUGGCACGAGCUGGCCUUCGUGCCCUGGAGUACUACGACCCUGCUACCAAGAAGCAUGGACAGGCACACAUGCAAGCUCGGCUCGGAAUUACCCAGUUCCUCAUGAAAUCUGGCAUCGCUUACUUGGAAGAGGUUCGGGACGCGAACGGUGUGCUCGAGAAUCUCUACAUCCGGGUCGACAAGCAGAAGGUGCUCACGCAGGGCCGUGAGGUGGCCGGAAAGCUUCUCGUAGAACUGCAGGUGCGCAAGAGCGCCGCGGAUGGUCCAGGCGCUCGUGCGUACUACACUGAGCUCACGACACCGCUGCCUGGAUGGGACGGUGAGAUACGGGACUUGGUGCUCAAGAAGAAAUUGCCGCGUAAGAUCUUCGUGCAACCCAAUACGUUCAUCGUGGACGACGAAGUGGUGCUGAAGGAAUACCCGCUCACACCGGCCGGUGUUAUCGAGAGUUUCAUUGAGCGCCGAUUGUAG